AUGCCUAAACCCUAUGCCAGUUCUCUUCCGGACCCUGCUGCCAGCGUCCGCGAAAGUCAUGGCACGUCCGAGGCAACGCGGAUGAAAGUCCGGAAGGGAACCCGGAGCUGCUGGGAGUGUAGGCGACGGAAGAUGAAGUGCAUCUUCAGCUCACCCGCAGACAAGGCCUGUUUUCGCUGCCAUCGACGUGGCGUGAAAUGUGUUGGCCAAGAAUAUCCUGAGGAGAUCACGCCAUCUUUAGAAAGGAAUAUCCAGAUGGCCGAUCGCAUUAUGAGGGUCGAAGCACUAGUCGAGCAGUUGCUCAAGAAAGUCCCUAAUGAUUCGCCCCCUGCUACUGUUCAAGAAGCAAGGAACUAUGAUGUGGGAACAAUACACCAUGGCAUCUCCGCUCCCUCAUUAGUCAGCUCUGAGCCUUCGCAGGGUUUGGCUUUGUCCAAGCCUUUGGCAAUUCAUCUUCAUCCUGACUUCUAUGAAGAGAUGAAAGGACUAUCAGUGCCGCCCCGUGAGAUGAUGAGGAGACUAGCUGAUACAGCUAUCAACAUCCUAAUGACAAAUGAUAACAUCAUCGACUGCAUUGAAGGGUUAGAUUGUUUGAUGAUAGAGAGCUGGUAUCAUGCAAAUGGUGGAGAUUUAUGGAAGGGCUUGGUCACAAUUCGGAGAGCUAUGACCCUUGCACAGUUAAUGGGCUUCUAUCGGCCAGGAAGGGCACAGUGCAAGGUUGUUGAACAUAAUACGGAAGCCUACCCGGAGCUUGUAUGGUUCCGAAUUGUUUCCAUUGAGCGCUACCUCUGUUUGAUGUUGGACGUCCCUCAAGGCACACAGGAUAGGACCAUGGCCUCCGAGUCGAUGCUCGCAAGUGACACGCCCAUGGGGCGCCUUGAUCGUAUACACUGCGUUAUAGCGUCUCGCAUCUUGGAGCGCAAUCAAACAGAUCCAGACUCACAUGAUAUUGCCCUGACGCAAGGACUGGACGAAGAGCUGCAGAAUGCGUCCGGGGGAUUGUCACCUAGAUGGUGGCUUACCCCGAAUUUAGCCACUGCAAUGAGCCAGCCAGAAGCACUAUUUUGGGACAUGCGGCGGCUCUUUCAUCAAUUAUAUCAUUACAGCCUUCUCAUACAACUUCACUUGCCAUAUAUGCUCCGUUCCUCGGUUAUCGGAGAGAUAUACGAUUAUUCGCGGUCAACCUGUAUCAAUGCGUCCCGCGAGAUACUCUCGCGCUUUGUCAUGUUCCAUAGCUUCAACCGGAUCGCCUUCUGCUCGCAUAUUGACGAACAUCGGCGCAGGCCUCCAUCUGUUACCCGUCCACAGCGGUUCCGGAAUCAUAGAGUGUCGAGGGGCAAUCUGCUAGCACACCAGCGGCCUUGCGACCAUGCUCUGAUAGAGAAAGUCCUCGAGAGCAUCGAGGAAGUCAGCCGAUUGGACGGAGAUGCUAUGAGCGUGCACAGUUCUAGUUUGUUGCGGCGCUUGAUGGCCAUCGAGGCCGAAGCAGCGGACGAGACUCUGCACCACGAUGGUGUGCAGGUGCCGGUCGCUGAACAGGAGCCGCAUCCGUCAGACAGUAGCGACACUGUUCGGAUGUCAAUUCCCUACUUCGGCUUUAUCAAAAUCACGCGCAAGGGCAUCUCCUUGGACGCAGCAGAGACCAGUCAAACCCAAUACCAAAUCACCGAAGGUUUUUCUGCAAAUGGGGAUGAUUUACAAGCUGCAGCUUUUUCGUCCGGCUCUGGUAUGUCUAGCAUGAAUCCUAAUGCCGGAGGCAAGACACCAGCCUACUCGACACCGAACUAUCAUGAGGGCUUUCCAACAGAGAGAGAGGCACAAUCACCUGAAACCUCAGCCCAUUGGGUUACUAUUAAUCACAAUGAUCCUGCUGCACAUGAUUCACUGCAAUUCCGUACUGAGAUACCCGCCGCCGUUCCGCAACAGUAUGAAGAGCCUCUAUACACUGCUGGAUAUGAUAACUGGGCAUUGCAGGAUGCCGAUACAGGUUUCUUUGAUAAUCUAAUGGAAAUUACUGGAAAUGAUGGUGAUGACGGCAAUGUUUUCUCGGCAUGGCCCAACUAG